AUGUGGUUAAAGAAAGUUUUCCUUAUAUUUGCUACUCUAUUUUACUGUUUUUCGCUCGUUGGUGGUUGCUAUGAUGGAGAAAGAGCAGCCCUAAUGAGCUUCAAAUCCUUGCUGACUGAUCCAUCUAAUCGGUUAUCUACAUGGAAAGGCGAAAACUGUUGCAGUUGGAAAGGAAUCAAGUGCUCGAGUUCAGGUCGUGUUGUAGUUGUCAAUCUUCGGAAUCCUCAUCCGGAUGAAGUCAUGAUCAAUGUCAAUAAGGAAGUUGUUUCAAAUUCUAACAACACGUCCGAUUUUUCCCUUAAAGGUACUGUAUAUCCAUUGCUCUUCACUCUUGAUCAUAUCCAAUAUCUCGACCUGAGUUUCAACAACUUCGUGUUCACAAAGUUACCUGUUGAGAUAUCGAACUUAACAAAGUUGACUUAUCUCAAUCUGUCGAAUGCCAUGUUUCAAGAUUCCAUCAGUACACAAUUCUCAAACCUUACAUCUCUACGGUCUCUUGAUCUAUCGUGUGCUAAUUUAGUCCCCGAUUUGUCUUCUGUUUCUGUUAGCUUGACAUUACAACCGAAGUUAGAUGUUGGCUCAUUUUUAUCUUUUAUAAGCUAUGGAUAUCUGUCAAAGUUGAAGUUUCUCGACAUAAGUUUCUCUCAUUUAGGCGGAACGCUUCCUCCUUCUUUAAGCAACUCAACUUCGUUAACUUUUUUCCAGGCUGACGGAUGCUCGAUCCAAGGGUCUAUACCUUCUUCAGUUACAAAACUUAAGAAGUUAAGAAUGCUGACGCUCAAUGACAACAAUAUCACAGGCCAACUUCCUGUAUCCUUGUCCAGUUUGAUAAGCCUUCGAUACUUAUCUCUGAUCCAGAAUGGUUUACGAGGGUAUAUUCCUACUUUGAUUUGUCAAAUCCUCUCACUGGAUUACCUGAACGUACAAUGGAACGAGCUAACAGGAAGCGUUCCCUCGUGCAUACUUCAGCUUCCUAAGCUUUCGUAUCUUUCUGUUCAGAAUAAUAACCUGAAUGGUAAUAUGCCACUGUCUUUGAUCCAGAAGUCUAAAUUGGGUAUGCUUUCUUUUGGAAUUAACGGAUUGUCAGUGGAAAACGAUGUUCAGCAUCAACCCAUUCUGCAAACUUUCCAGCCCACGCUUUUGGAAUUUACAUCUUGCAAAAUGAGAGGAGAAAUCCCAGAGUUCUUUUCAAAUCUGACGAGCCUCGUGAUUUUACUUUUGGCGAACAACAGUCUAUCAGGAGCCAUACCAUACUGGUUGUUCAAUCUACCAGCCCUAUCUGUUCUUGAUCUCUCUAAUAACAGCCUGUAUGGCAUCAUUCCACGCAGUUUGGGGAACUGCAAGUCUCUGAUUUACCUUAAUCUUGGACAAAACAAGCCCACUGGAAGUGUUCCGGAAGAACUUGAAUGCAUUACAAGCCUCCGUUACCUUGACCUCAACGGGGAUCAGUUCGAAGGAUAUUUUCCAGUAGUUCUUGAGAAAUUUCAAGAACUAGAGAUCCUGAAAUUGGCAGGCAAUAGAUUUGAAGGGCGGAUACCAAAGUUCAUUGGUGACCUACACCACCUCCGUAUCCUUGUGCUUGCAUCAAACUCAUUCAAUGAAUCUAUACCGGAAGGGUCUUCACUGUUCCAUUGCAUUUUUACCUGUUGCAAAUUCAUUUAUACAACAUUUGGUAUCAGAGCUACUAUCCUGAGCUCUGUGGGAAUCAUGUCUGACGAGAUGAAGGAGCUUAAAGAGAUGUUCGAUCGAAUGACGAUGGAGAUGACCAAUUUUUUCCUAAGGCAGAAUCAGAUUGAGGAACAAUAUGAGAAGGCCAUUAACAGCUUGUGCAAGUCCAUACACGAGAUCCAAAAAGGAGAUCAAGGUAAAGGGAAUGCCAUUAGUAAGGAAGCCGAGAUCUACACUCCCUCUGGAAACCCUAUGAUAUGGGCUACCUCUGUCUUUACGGGGAAUCCACCAGGCUAUCAUUAUGGUGUUCAAAAUUCCCAACAAUUCCAAACUCCAGUAAGUGAGUACUACCAGCAACAAGGUUAUAGUAGAGGUCAACAAUUUUUCACUAAUGCAGGACAAAUACCUUCCAUAGGUUAA